UCGCGGGAGACGCCAUUCGUGUCAGCUGCUUUCGAAAAGGAGUGUUGCAAACACCGUUGCUCUCGCGUUUUUUGGGCCUUGAUUCCCGAAUUGCAGGGGGUCUUGUGGCCUCGCACGUUUCUACUUCGACUUUCCGGGCGCCAUGUGGCCCAGAUGAUACGCCCGCGAGGCCAGUUUUGCUACGACUGAGGUUUCUGGACACGGCCAGAUAAUGGGACUGUUGCUCUCCAAAUUGUGGAAUCUUUUCGGAAAUGAAGAACACAAGAUAGUGAUUGUUGGGCUGGACAACGCCGGCAAGACGACGAUUCUCUAUCAGUUCCUAAUGAAUGAGGUUGUCCACACAUCUCCAACGAUUGGCUCAAACGUCGAGGAAGUGGUGUGGAAGAACAUUCACUUCAUCAUGUGGGACCUGGGCGGGCAGCAGAGUUUGCGCGCCGCCUGGAGCACCUACUACACCAACACCGAGUUCGUCAUAUUGGUGGUCGACUCGACCGACCGGGAGCGGCUGGCCGUGACCAGGGAGGAGCUCUACCGGAUGCUGGCCAACGAGGAACUCGCCUCCGCAGCUGUGCUUGUCUUCGCCAACAAGCAGGACCUCAAGGGUUCGAUGAGCGCGGCUGAAAUCAGCAAGCAGCUUGACCUGACCUCCGUCAAAAAGAACCAGUGGCACAUCCAGUCCUGCUGCGCUCUCACUGGUGAAGGACUGUACCAAGGACUGGAGUGGAUAUGCAGCCAACUGAAGAAAAAGUGAAACCGUUUUUGAGUGAUUCACUUGUGCAGACUAAGCAAACAUUCGACCGGUGCUUCUUGCAAAGACAUUUCCAUUAUCUGUGUGUGAUCAUCAUUCCCCAGAAUAAAUCCAAAUAUUUUAUUCUUUACAACA